UUUUACGGUUUAUACAACCGCAGUAUUAACCAGAGCGGCUUUGCCGGGUUUGAACGGCGAACCUCUGCAAUAGCCAACAUGCUACCACUCGGCCACGUCAACGUGGUGUCUGUGCGGGAAGCUAAGGCAGAGCCUUGGCCCUGCCGAUCUUUGCCGUGGUCAUGUGGUAGGACGGAGGUGGUGGUGUACGUGACGGAGCGGGUCCCCGGUGGGGGUGCCCGCAGGGUCCAUGCCUCCACGCUGUGUACGGCGCUGGAGCAGCCGUCGGUGCGUCCGAUGCUCGACCAGCAGCUCUCUGUGACCCUGCUGGCACCACGAGUCGCGCUGUCUCAGGCGCAGAUGCAGCAGCACCUGCGCACUCCGCCAGCCGGAAUUGACCCAAUUAUCUGGGAACAAGCAAAAAUUGGCAACCCUGAUCGAGAAAAGCUCAUCCCUGUGCCCAUGGUGGGGUUCAAAGAGCUGCACCAACGACUGAAGAGCCAGGAAGAGAUGACCAAGCUGCACCAGAGUCGCUUGGAAAUCAUCGGAGAGGACAUACUGGAGCUGAAGAAGCUGCAGACAAGUACGCUUGCCAAGUCACAGCAGUACAAACGCAAGCAACUGGAGCUGUCUCAUCGGCUACUACAGGUGGUAACAAAGCAGGAAGUGAUGCGCAAGAGUGGCUGCGCCAUCCAGUCGGACGAGGAGCAGCUGCGCGUGACACUCGAGUCCCUGCAGGGAGACCUCAACGCACCCACUCAGUACAAGGGCCGACUCAAUGAGCUCAUGUCUCAGGUUCGCAUGCAGAGCCACUGUGGAGUUGCACGCUCGGAUGACAAGUACAGCGUGGAGCCUGGCCUGCUCAUGGAAAUCAAACAACACUUGAGGCAGCAGCAGGAAGGACUGAGCCAUCUAAUUUCCAUCAUUCGGGACGACAUGGACGACCUGAAAACGAUCGAGCGUGGGCUGAGCGAUGCAUCACACACGCUUUCGCACACGCGCAAGCACUGACACUUGCUGCACACUGCUUUGAAUGUUUACACCAACUUAAGUCACGCGCAGCAUGCUCAAUCCACAAUUAUAUAUUCUUCACUAUGUAUGUAUGUUGAACUUCUUUCGCACCGCAUGUAGCCGACCGUGCUAAUCGGUUGGUUACGUGUGAACAUUUGUGAACAUUUGUGAACAUUAUACGUACUGUAGAAAUUUUAUAUCUGAGCAUUUGUUUUAUAUCAAAAAAAUUAAAAGGAAUUUAACACAAUGCAUUUGGUUUCAUGAAGUUCAUCUGAAAUAUUAUAUAUUUGGUACCAGGAGAUGCUAUUUGAACUGCAUGUUAUUGGUAAAUAAGGGUAUUGGUAAAUUGAUUACUUAAAAUAUUUACUUCAAAUUCUACUUCAAUUUCAUAGGGCCAUCAAAGCCUGUCUCAGGUACAAAGA